CAAACAGGAAAAUGAAGGGGGCAAUAUUAGUAACUUUAAUCUUUUUAGUGAACAUUUCGGUUUCGCAAGAUGUUCCCGCAGUCCGAUAUUUGAUGCCAAGUUCGAAUUCGAAUAUUUUGUAUAAUCAAGUUGAAAGUAGAAUAAUCAAUGGUGCCGAAGCGCCUAGGGGUCUCUUCCCAUAUCAAGUAGGUUUCGAAAUACGGUUAGCAAGCGGUUAUACAUGGUGCGGGGGAUCCUUAAUUUCGGAAAAUUAUGUUCUCACCGCAGCACAUUGUCUGGAAGCAGCCCUUUCUGUACUCAUUUUGUUUGGAGCUCGAGACCGACUGGACAAAUAUGAAACGGGUCAAAAGCGGAUGACCGUUGAAAAGGCGAAUUUUAUCAUCCAUAAAGAAUGGGAUAACGCCACGUUGAGAAACGACAUAGCUUUGAUAAGAUUGACCCAAUCAAUAGCUUUUUCAGAAUACAUCCAGCCCAUCUCUUUGCCUACUCGUGCGAUGCAAGGCCUCCUUUUGGAGAAAUCUCCUGUUGUAGCGACAGGAUGGGGUUAUACAGCAGGCAGUCCAUCUUUAGCCAGAUAUUUGCAGUACGUUGAUGUUACUGUCCAGGAGCAGAACGUGUGCCAAGGAUAUUUCGGUUCAUAUAUACAAAAUGGUAAUAUAUGUAUUGAUGGGUCGACGGGAAGAGGAGCUUGUUUUGGUGAUUCUGGUAGCCCUCUAGCAACAACCAACGGUAUGCGAUAUGUGGUUGGCAUUGCGUCAUUUGUUGGAUAUUAUGGCUGCGAAGCAAAUUGGCCAACAGCUUAUACGCGAGUGUCUUCAUUUCUAGACUGGAUUGCUACAAAUUCUGGGCUACAAAUUACAAUCAAAAAGAUCAAAGCUGACCACGACCUAAAAGACGAUCUAAUGUUGGAGCUGAAAAAUCCAGGUUGGGCAGAGCGGAUGACCUCCGUAGCCAAGUUAAAAACUCACUUGGGGGAAUUCCACGGUACGGCUCACAAACAUGAUAUCUAUAUAUACAUCGGUCAGGAUUUACUUGAGCAGAACAUCUACGAGUUUGAUAUGGUUGCCAUCGUAAGUGAACUAUAUAAAAACCUUCACGGGGGCGAAUGGGUUACUGAUUCUAGUGAAAGUACAGCGGUAUUGGUUUAUAGUAGGUACCCUCGAGUCAGUCGGUCAAUGGCUUUGUGGGAGCAAAAAAGACGAGUUGCGAUUUCGUCUAUUAUAAUCAGCUUAAUAGACGCGAUGUAUAAAGUUGUGCUGACAACGAUUUUAGUGCUUUUUUCCAAAGAGCGGCUGACCCUAGCUGACACAGAUGAUAGUGAAUAUGAUCCUGUCAAGUUCUUUAUGCCGGAACCGGCUCCUUCAUUGAACUAUUCUCCACCAAUGCGGAUUAUUAAUGGAUUCGAGGCACAGCCCAACGCAUACCCUUACCAAGUUGGUAUAGAAAUUUCUGUAACAGGCGGAUGGACCUGGUGCGGUGGAUCUCUCAUCUCACAAAAUUUCGUUCUAACUGCCGCUCAUUGUCUCGACUCAGCUUUCUACGUCAAUGUACUACUCAGCGUCCAUGAUCGCGUGGAUACCACCGAGGCGGGUAGGAUCAAAAUGUACGUGCCACCAUCUAACUUUAUCAUACAUCAAAGUUGGGAUCGCCCGUCUUUAACCAACGACAUUGCGUUAAUAAGAUUGACUUCUACAAUAACGUAUACAGAUAAGAUUCAACCUAUAGCCCUGCCUACACGUGCCUAUGCCUACAAUACUUUUGAAGGUUCUCCAGCGAUUACCACCGGUUGGGGUUAUCUGAAAGGCACCAGCAGUUUGUCUCGAUACUUGCAGUAUGCGGAUGUGAUUAUUAUGGAAACUAAUAGGUGCAGAUCGUAUUUGCGGCAAGUAACUAGUAAUCACAUUUGCAUUGAUGGAAGUUACGGCAAAGGAGUUUGCUACGGUGAUUCCGGCAGCUCGAUGGUCACAACAUCAGGACAAAAAUUCCUCAUUGGAAUUACUUCAUUUGUGUCUGCAUCAGGAUGUGAGAUUAAUUAUCCAAGUGUUUUUACGAGAGUGACGUCCUUCUUGGAUUGGAUUUCGUCGAAAACUGGAAUUGUUAUACCUUGAAAAUGGUUUCUUUUUCCACUGUAUCUGAAUGGCAAUGACAGUAAAUAAACAAUUGGGUAUUGAA